AUGUUGAAGUCUUUUGUUCUUAGACAUUCAUCUCGCUCAUUACUCCGGCCUUUGAGUGCUAAGGCUGGUGGAUAUGCCCCCUCCACGUUCCUGCUUGUGCAGAAGAGGGGCCUCGCGUCGGAGGCUGAGGAGCACGACGUUGUAGUUAUAGGUAUGCUAUGCCCCCCGCAGAGUCCGGUGUCUUUUUUCGUCGGAGUGAGUGCGCUGGUUAUUGACGGGCGGAUGUGGUUAGGUGGCGGGCCCGGCGGAUACGUUGCGGCCAUCAAGGCCGCUCAGGAAGGGUUGAAGGUGAGGGAUUUUUUUGGUCUCGAGCAAUUGGAAUUUGUAUCGAGGCUAAUUCGUUCGCUUUUCGCUGUGUGGGGGAUAGACUGCCUGUGUUGAGAAGCGUGGCACCCUUGGUGGGACUUGCUUGAAUGUUGGCUGUAUCCCGUCAAAGUCUUUGCUCAACAACUCGCAUAUAUACCACCAGAUUUUGCACGAUGUUGAGAACCGCGGGAUUGACGGUACGUUUCUUUUGCCAUUUCUUAACGCUGAUUUCUUUCCCCUUCUUGCUUCACCAAUUGGUAGGGGUUUUUGGUAGUGGGUGUUUUUUCUUCUGAGGGAUGAGUCAGUUUACUAAUGUGGGGCUACUGUAUAGUCGGCGAUGUUAAGCUCAACCUAACGCAGAUGAUGAAGGCGAAGGAACAAUCCGUCUCGGGAUUAACAAAGGGUAUCGAAUACCUAUUCAAGAAGAACGGUGUCGACUACGUUAAAGGAACUGGGACCAUCGCCGGCGAACAUGAGAUCGAGGUUAACCCAUUGGACGGUGGGGAGCCUCAGACUCUCCGCGCUAGGAACAUUAUCAUUGCGACUGGAUCUGAGGCGACUCCCUUCCCUGGGCUUGAGAUUGAUGAGAAGAGGAUUGUUACCAGUACCGGUGCUAUUGCAUUGACUGAGGUGCCAGAGAAGAUGGUUGUCAUCGGAGGUGGUAUCAUUGGACUCGAGAUGGUUAGUUUGGGAUAAAUGGUAGCUAUUGCCAUAUUAGUUGCUGACGAUCUUACGAUAUGUAUAGGGUUCAGUAUGGUCGAGACUUGGCUCCGAAGUCACCGUUGUUGAGUAUCUUGGAGCUAUCGGCGGCCCUGGCAUGGACGCCGAGAUGGCCAAGACAAUGCAGAGAAUUCUCCAGAAACAGGGAAUGAAGUUCAAGCUUAACACCAAGGUUAUGGGCGGUGAUGUUGAACCCAACAACAUCAAGGUCAAUGUUGAAUCCGCCGAGGGUGGAAAGUCUGAAGCUGUUCGUCCAAUCCCUGUGUCGAACGAAUUAAGGUUGCCGGGGCUAAUUUCAGUCGGCCAUAGAUUGAUGCCGACGUUGUUCUCGUCGCAAUUGGUCGCAGACCAUACACUGCAAACUUAGGCCUAGAGAAUGUCGGUAUCGAGGUUGACGAGAGGGGCCGCAUCGUUAUCGACCAGGAAUACCGCACCAAGAUACCGCACAUCCGUGUGAUUGGCGAUGUCACCUUCGGCGCCAUGUUAGCUCACAAGGCUGAGGAGGAAGGAAUUGCUGCCGUCGAGUACAUCAAGAAGGGCUAUGGUCAUGUCAACUAUGGAGCUAUCCCCAGUGUCAUGUACACCCACCCGGAGGCCGCUUGGGUGGGCCAGACCGAGCAGGAAGUUAAAGCGGCUGGCAAAGCGUACAGCCUUGGUUCUUUCCCAUUCAGCGCCAAUUCUAGGGCAAAGACCAACUUGGAUACCGAGGGAAUGGUUAAGUAAGUCUUUUGAGUUUUUUUUUUUUCUUUGCGAGAGUCCGGUGGUAUGUGUGUUUUUAUUUUUUAUUUUUAGAUUGUCACUGAUGCAUUUGCGCUGCUUACUCAGGUUUAUCACCGAUAAGGAAACUGAUAGGAUCCUGGGUAUCCACAUCAUCGGACCCAACGCCGGUGAAAUGAUUGCCGAGGGAGUCUUGGCCAUGGAAUAUGGCGCUUCGUCAGAAGAUAUUGGGCGUACAAGUCAUGGUAAAUUCCACAUCACUUUUUUAUUUUAUUUUGGGAGAAUGGGCAGUUCUGACCUUGUCCAAAGCCCACCCCACCCUCUCAGAGGCCUUUAAGGAAGCCGCCAUGGCGGCCUUCUCCAAACCUAUUCACGCUUAG